UAUAACUUAGAAGAAGAAGCCACUAAAAGUUUGACAGUCACUCGAUUUUUUCUCUUUGGCUAAUUAAAUUUUUUCUUUUGCACUUUUCUUUGGCCGGUGAUGAUCCUGAAUUAAUUAUUAAUAAAAAAUAAAUAAAUUCAUAUUUUAUUGUGUGUAAAUAAAAGAAUCCGUUGGACUUUCAUUUACACGUCAAAGUGCACAUCGCUCAGCAUCUACACAAUGCGUACGCGGAUCUCUAUUUGGAACGGAGUCCUAUUUGUGACAUCGUUGUUGUUGGUUUCCACUUGUGUCAAUGGUCUAUAUGAGGAUCAAAUAAAGAAAUUCGAUUGGAGAGUUCAGCACAUUGGCGCAAUCAGGCAAGCACACUUGGAACUAAAUUCCCUUAGUCCACGUUUGUUGGUUAGUACGCAAGAAAAUGUUGUCGCAGUAUUGGAGCCGAAAACGGGAAAAAUGUUGUGGCGACAAGUGCUUGAGAAUUCACCGCGCGGUGAGCUAAAAUUAAUGCAAGUUGGAACAGUUGCGGCUAAUAUAAACGACGCAGAGAGUACCGCUGCAGCUCCCACAAAUUCAAAGCAUGGAUUCGAUGUAUUCACCGUGCAAGGGCAUGCGCCUGCGUUAGUGCGUGGUUGGAAUGUGGCUAGCGGUAACUUGGAAUGGGAGUGGUCGUUGAUGCCACUGCAAACGGAGCGUGCGGAGUCAGCAUUUUGGUUCUAUAAAAAUGGUUUACUGUAUCAUGUAAUACCGACAUGGCGUAGUCAUAUUGAAGUAACUCCAUAUUUUGCUACUUCUGGUCAUACGACGGAAACCACUGGUCGUAUAUCCGCAGCGUGGAUUUCUGCGGACAAAUGUGUAUUGAGCGGUGGUUACUAUAGCUGUCUAGAAGGAAAUCAGUUAAUCGGAAUUGAUUUAACAGCAAAUCAGCCGCAGGUGUUGAGAAAGACACUAGCGGAAGUACCGAAGGACAAGUUGCGCGCUGUAGAGGGAAUAAGCGGCGCUUAUGUAAUUGAUAACACAUUAGUUAGCAUACACGAAGCCACAGCUGUUUGUAAUAAUUACAAAAGUAAUAGUUUCUUGUUGGGAAAGUUUCAGCAACGUCGCGUUUUAGCGCUGGCAGAUGUAGUAAAUAAUGUUUUGCAAAUACGAGGGCACUAUGUUGAUAGCUGUGAACCAGUGCCAGAGAUGACAAUUAAUAUGGAUUAUCCAGAUUACUAUGGCACGCCGACGUUGAAAACGUUCGCCUGCAUGUCACAUGGUAAAGGAUGCCUAUAUGUGUUGGGUACCGAAGAUGAAGCUAUUUUGGCAGUGCAACAGAGCAAAAUACGAUGGGUACGCCAGGAGUCGCUAGCAAAUAUAGUGGCUAGUGAAUUUAUUGAUUUGCCGCUUGGUGAUGCAGAGGGCACUUUGGAAAAUGAAAUGAAAGGAAAUACAGAGGAUGCAACGGGUUUGGAAAGUGAUAUUUCUAGCGCUUUCUUUCGUCGCAUCUCUACCCAAGCUUUACAAAUUAAGAGUAUUUUUCUACACGUCGUUGGCUUGGGCCAACCUCCCAGUGAUACGCAAAAAGCUGGCCUGGUGCGUGACUCCUUCGGGUUGCACAAAAUGUUGGUGGUGCUGACACGUAGCGGCAAAAUCUUUGGCAUCGAUAACAUUAAUGGUAAACAUCAUUGGCAACAGUAUUUGCGUGAUGUACAAAAUUUUGUGAAUCAGGAACCAAUGCGUUUGCUGGUACAACGUACAUCCAAGCACUUUCCGUUGCAACCACUAUGCACUAUUGUAGCAAAGGAAAAAUCAACUGGCAAUGGUGUACUCUUCCGCUUCAAUCCCAUUAAUGGCAAACCGGCCGAAGGUGGCCUAUUAAAAUUGAAUUACAAAAUUAAGCAACUAACAUUGCUCGCGGAAUCUGAGAAAGAGUCUAUUAAGGGACUAUUGCUACUUGAUGCCCAAAAUAAUGUCGCCGUAUAUCCGCAAUACGUGCAAGAACUGGCACAUGAGAUGUACUUGUUUACUGCCGACAAAUCCACUGCCACACUUGAUGGAUUCUUUGUAGAAUUCAACGAUGGUGCUUUAUCGUGCCUUCCUAUCUGGAAAGUACGCCUUGAUGGCCACAAUGAAGACCACCAGUUAAUUGCUAUUGCUGCGAAAAACCCACUAGAGCAUGUGCACUCCCAAGGACGUGUGCUAGCAGAUCGUUCUGUUCUAUAUAAAUAUAUCAAUCCAAAUUUGAUUGCUGCGGUAACACAAGCAACCGAUCCCACACAUAAAUACUUACUGAACACCUAUCUUAUCGAUGCUGUCUCUGGUUUAAUUGUAUUUUCUAUGACACAUCGCAGAGCGCGCGUGCCAGUGCAUAUUGUGCAUUCGGAAAAUUGGCUUGCAUAUUCGUAUUAUAACGACAAAGUGCGACGCACUGAAAUAACAACAAUUGAAUUAUAUGAGGGUAAAAUCCAGGCUAAUAGUACAGUUUGGAGUUCGAUGAAUGCGCCACCAAUGCCCAUGGUGGAACGGCAGUCCUACAUUGUGCCCACUAUUGUGGAGACGAUGCGCGAAACGAUUACCGAGCGUGGCAUUACAAAUAAACAUGUGUUGAUCGGUACGACGAGUGGCGCUAUUAUUGAGAUGCCUUGGGCUCUACUCGAUCCACGUCGUCCAAUCACUUCUAAUACACAGGGCCGCGAAGAGGGCGCAAUACCUUACAUUCCCGAAUUGCCAUUGCCAACGGAAAAUAUUAUCAACUACAAUCAGACAAUUGCACGAUUGAGUAAUAUUUUCACCGCACCCAGCGGACUGGAGAGUACAUGCUUGGUUCUGGCGACUGGUUUAGAUAUGUUCGUUACUCGCGUUGCACCAUCGAAAACAUUUGAUUUGCUUAAAGAAGAUUUUGAUUACAUUUUAAUUACUGUUGUGUUGUUGGCACUAACAAGCGGCUCAUUAGUGGCGAAACAUCUGGCUUCACGUAAACAAUUGAAACAAGCGUGGAAAUAAAAGCUUGAAGUUAGGCAGCGUGCAAAGACUAGAAAGUAAUAAGUUAGCAUCAUUAACUUAAUUCAAUUUGAUACCUAUAGGCAAUUGAAGGUACAUAUAGCAUAAAUGAAAAACAAAAAAAGUUAAAUAAAUAAAUAUGUAAUAAAAUAAAGUAGAGUAAACUUUAAAAAUCGUAUGUGCAUGCAUAUGUGUGUUAAAUUAGCUAACAGUGUGCUGUUCUCUUAAAAUUGCAAGCGCCACUGCAACGGCUUAUCAAUACAAUUAAAUUUGUUUCCACUUUCACUUUCCUUUGUUUUGUUUACCAUGCAGUAUGUUUGUAUUAUUUUUUUUUUUUUGCAUUUGUGUUAUUGUCUUUUUACUAUUAGCUUUGUAUAUGCUCAAUGAAAUGAGUAUACUUAUUUUUAUUCUGCUGUACCAAAAAAUCUAUAUAGAGCAUUUGCAAUGAGGCGAAUAAUAUUUGUAGAACAGGUGAAUGAUAUACGUUUAAAAAUUUAAUUAUUUUAAUUGCAUUUGUUUAAUAAAUUUAAAUAAUAUAAAACAGUUUUUUUUGUGAUGCAUUCGUUCUUAAUAUUUGCUCACAGCAAAUGGAUUUAGUAGCCAAAUGAGCUGAAAAAACUUGCAUACUUUUUGGGAAGUUUAAUUUUUCAUUUAUUGUGGUCAAUUCUAAUUUAUGGCCCAUUGAUUUGGUACUACCCAGUACAAAGACAAAUAUCAAGAUGAAUGCCAAAAUUAAAAGGGAUACGAAGAAGAUAACGAUAGAAAAAAUGCAUAACACU